AUGAGCAGGAGGAGGGAAGGCGGCGGUGGCGAUUGUGCCGCAGUUGCGCGCCGGGUGACAGGGGUUACCUGCAAAAUGAAAAUUCUGGUUGCACUGUGCCUAUUCAUCUCCUCAGUGAAGGCAGAUUCUAAAGCAAUCACAACAUCUCUUACUACAAAGUGGUUUUCUACUCCAUUAUUAAUAGAAGCAAGUGAAUUUUUAGCAGAAGACAGUCAAGAGAAAUUUUGGAAUUUUGUAGAAGCCAGUGAAAAUAUUGGAUCAACGGAUCAUGAUGGUACUGAUUAUUCCUAUUAUCAUGAACUAUUGAGGACAGCCUUUCAUUAUCUGUCACCUCUUCAGCAGAACUUGCUGAAAUUUUCUCUGUCUCUUCAUUCCUACUCAGCUACAGUUCAAGCUUUCCAACAGAUAGCAGCUGAUGAACCUCCACCAAAAGGUUGUCACUCAUUCUUUUCAGUUCACGGAGAGAAAACUUGUGAUUUUGACACACUUGGAGAACUUUUACAGACAGCAUCUAAAAGACCCAAACCAAAUUUGUUCAAAGGGGAUCACAGAUAUCCAUCGUUAAAUCCUGGAAGCCCAGUGGUGAUACUCUACUCAGAGAUUGGCUCUAAAGAAUUUUAUAAUUUCCACCAUCGACUUGUAGAAAAAAGCAGUGCAGGGAAAAUAAAUUAUGUACUCAGACACUAUAUAUCAAAUCCUAGUAAGGAAAGAGUCUACCUUUCCGGGUAUGGUGUGGAAUUGGCCAUCAAGAGCACCGAAUACAAGGCCAAGGAUGAUACUCAGGUGAAAGGAACUGACAUGAAUGCUACAGUAAUAGGUGAAAAUGACCCUAUUGAUGAAGUUCAAGGAUUCCUUUUUGGACGACUAAGAGAACUCCAUCCUCAUAUGAAGGAACAGUUAAAGGAACUCCGGAAGCAUCUUGUGGAAAGUACCAAUGAAAUGGCACCUCUGAAAGUGUGGCAAUUGCAGGAUCUAAGUUUCCAGACUGCUGCCCGAGUCCUGGCUGCACCUCCUGAGGUAGCUUUGGUGGUUCUAAAGGAUCUCAGUCAGAAUUUUCCCACCAAAGCUAGAGGAAUAACAAAAACCACAGUUAAUCAAGAACUCAGAACUGAAGUGGAAGAAAACCAAAAGUACUUCAAAGGAACUUUAGGAUUACAGUCCGGAGAGUCUGCCCUGUUCAUCAAUGGAUUACACAUUGAUUUAGACACACAGGAUAUAUUUAGCUUGUUUGAUGUAUUGCGAAAUGAGGCUCGUGUUAUGGAAGGACUGCACAGACUAGGAAUAGAAGAUUUAUCUCUCCACAAUAUUUUGAAACUCAACAUUCAACCAUCAGAUGCAGACUAUGCAGUGGACAUCAGAAGCCCUGCUAUUUCAUGGAUCAAUAACCUUGAAGUUGAUGGUAGAUAUAGUUCUUGGCCUUCCAGUCUACAGGAGCUACUUCGACCUACCUUUCCUGGAGUUAUCAGACAAAUCAGAAAAAACUUCCACAAUUUUAUUAUCAUAGUUGAUCCAGCUCAGGAAACUGCAGUAGAAUUGAUAAAUGUAGCUGAAAUGUUCCUCAGUAAUCAUAUACCACUAAGAAUUGGUUUAAUCUUGGUGGUUAAUGACUCUGAAGAUGUUGAUGGAAUGCAGGAUGCUGGAGUGGCCAUUCAUAGAGCAUAUAAUUAUGUUGCACAAGAUGUGGAUGAUUUUCAUGCCUUCCAGACUUUGAUAUCGAUAUAUAACAAGGUAAAAACUGGAGAAAAGGUGAAAGUUGAGCAUGUUGUUGGGGUUCUGCAGAAGAAAUAUCCAUAUGUGGAAUUGAAUAGUAUUUUGGGGAUUGAUUCUGCCUAUGAUCAAAAUCGCAAGGAAGGAAGAGCUUACUAUGAGCAGACAGGGGUGGGUCCUCUGCCAGUUGUACUGUUUAAUGGCAUGCCAUAUGAAAAGGAUCAGCUGGAUCCUGAUGAACUGGAAACGGUUACAAUGCAUAAAAUCUUGGAGACUACAAGCAUCUUCCAAAGAGCCGUGUACUUGGGUGAACUGUCUCAUGAUCAAGAUGUAAUUGAAUAUGUCAUGAACCAGCCCAAUGUUGUUCCAAGAAUCAAUUCUAGAAUUUUGACAGCCGAGCGACAGUACCUGGACUUAACAGCAACUAAUAACUUUUUUGUGGAUGAUUUUGCUAGAUUUUCUCUUUUGGAUUCACAAGAUAAGACUGCAGCUGUAGCCAAUAGUAUGACUUAUUUGACAAAGAAAGGAAUGUCUUCCAAGGAGAUCUAUGAUGAUUCUUUUAUUAGACCAGUAACAUUUUGGAUUGUUGGGGAUUUUGAUAGCCCUUCUGGAAGACAAUUAUUAUAUGAUGCAAUCAAACAUCAGAAAUCCAGUAACAAUGUUCGAAUUAGCAUGAUCAAUAACCCAAGUGAAGAACCACGCUUUGAGAACACUCGAAUCUCCAGAGCUCUCUGGGCAGCUCUCCAAACACAGACAUCUAACUGUGCCAAGAAUUUCAUCACUAAAAUGGUCAAGGAAGAGACUGCAGAAGCUCUGGCAGCAGGAGUUGACAUUGCAGAAUUUGCUGUUGGAGGUAUGGAUGUCAGCCUUUUUAAAGAUGCCUUUGAUUCUUCCAAAGCAGAUUUUAUUUUGUCCCAUGCUCUGUACUGUACAGAGGUUCUGAAGCUGAAGAGAGGAGAAAGGGCUGUGAUCAGCAAUGGACGGAUUAUUGGGCCACUAAAAGAUGGUGAACUUUUUAAUCAAGAUGAUUUCCACCUACUAGAAAAUAUAAUUCUAAAGACUUCAGGACAAAAAAUCAAAUCUCAUAUUCAACAGCUUCGGGUAGAAGAAGAUGUUGCAAGUGAUCUGGUAAUGAAAGUGGAUGCUCUCCUCUCUGCCCAGCCUAAAGGAGAGGCAAGAAUUGACUACCAGUUUUUUGAAGACCGACAUAGUGCUAUUAAACUGAAACCAAAUGAAAAAGGGACAUAUUUUGAUAUAGUGGCCAUUGUUGACCCCGUUACCAGAGAUGCUCAAAGACUUGCUCCACUCCUUAUGGUUUUGACCCAACUGAUAAAUAUGAAUCUAAGAGUGUUUAUGAAUUGCCAAUCUAAACUUUCCGACAUGCCUUUAAAAAGCUUCUAUCGUUAUGUUUUAGAACCAGAGAUUUCUUUCACUGCAGACAAUAGUUUUGCUAAGGGUCCAAUAGCCAAAUUCUUGGAUAUGCCUCAAUCUCCUCUGUUUACGCUGAAUUUAAAUACCCCUGAGAGUUGGAUGGUAGAAUCUGUCAGAACACCUUAUGACCUUGAUAAUAUUUAUUUAGAAGAGGUGGAUAGCAUAGUAGCUGCAGAGUAUGAGCUUGAGUAUCUCUUACUAGAAGGACACUGCUAUGACAUCACAACUGGACAGCCUCCACGGGGACUCCAGUUUACAUUGGGAACUUCAACAAACCCAGUCAUUGUUGAUACCAUAGUUAUGGCCAAUCUGGGCUACUUUCAAUUAAAAGCCAAUCCAGGAGCUUGGAUUCUCAGACUCAGGAAAGGACGAUCUGAAGAUAUUUACAGAAUCUAUAGCCAUGAUGGCACAGACUCUCCUCCUGAUGCUGAUGAAGUUGUGGUUGUUCUCAACAACUUUAAGAGCAAAAUUAUCAAAGUAAAGGUUCAGAAAAAGGCAGACAUGAUGAAUGAAGAUUUGCUAAGUGAUGGAAAUCAUGAGAAUGAGUCUGGAUUUUGGGAGUCCAUUAAAUGGGGCUUUACUGGGGGUCAGAAGACUGAAGAAGUGAAACCAGAUAAAGAUGAUGUAAUUAAUAUUUUCUCUGUAGCAUCUGGCCAUCUGUAUGAAAGAUUUCUCCGCAUAAUGAUGCUCUCAGUUCUGAAAAAUACUAAGACACCUGUGAAAUUCUGGUUCUUGAAGAAUUACUUGUCACCUACGUUCAAGGAAUUUAUCCCAUAUAUGGCAAAAGAAUACAAUUUCCAGUAUGAGCUUGUUCAAUAUAAAUGGCCUCGGUGGCUUCAUCAGCAAACAGAAAAACAACGCAUCAUUUGGGGCUACAAGAUUCUCUUUCUGGAUGUACUUUUUCCCCUAGUCGUUGACAAAUUCCUGUUUGUGGAUGCUGAUCAGAUUGUUCGGACAGAUCUGAAGGAAUUAAGAGAUUUCAAUUUGGAUGGUGCUCCUUAUGGCUAUACUCCAUUUUGUGAUAGCCGCAAAGAAAUGAAUGGGUAUAGGUUCUGGAAGUCAGGCUACUGGGCCAGUCAUUUAUCUGGACGAAAAUACCAUAUCAGUGCCCUCUAUGUGGUGGACCUGAAGAAGUUUAGAAAGAUUGCUGCUGGAGACAGACUCAGGGGACAGUACCAAGGUCUGAGUCAGGAUCCCAACAGCCUUUCAAAUCUUGAUCAGGAUUUACCCAAUAACAUGAUACAUCAGGUGCCAAUUAAGUCACUCCCCCAAGAAUGGCUCUGGUGUGAAACAUGGUGUGAUGAUGCCUCUAAGAAAAAAGCAAAAACAAUUGAUUUGUGUAACAAUCCAAUGACCAAAGAGCCAAAGCUGCAGGCUGCAGUCAGAAUUGUCCCAGAAUGGCAGGACUAUGAUCUCGAAAUCAAACAAUUGCAGAGUCGUUUCCAAAAAGAGAAGGAAAUGGGAAUUAGGCAUCCAGAGAAUGAGACAAAAGAACCAAGCAUAGAAGAGCUUCCAUCACACGUAGAAUUAUGAUCCCCGAAGAAAGAAAUGAAGUGAUAUUGUUUGAAAGACAAUUUUUAUAUUAAAUGCUAGUUUUUUUUUUUCUGGUAUGUCUACACAACUGCUGAUAAAUUGGAUAAGAGGAUGUUUCCAAGCCUUUUAAAUCCUGGAAUUUUGGGUUGCUAUAUCCAAAUGAAUUAUUCAACUCCAGAUCAUUGAGACUAAGAUUAUACUGGAUUUGUACUGAUGCAGAAGAAUGAAUAGCUGAUUGUAGUCUAUAGAGUUUUGGAGAAUGAAACUUCCGAGGGGGGUUUUCCAGAAGCAGUUCCAUAAUCACAGAAGAAUACAGCAGCAGAUGAGCAGAACACUUGUUCUUUGGGACCCACAUCACCUCAGUCAAGAGCACACCCAUGAUAUCUAGUCAAAGGGAGCAGGACGUCCAAAGUGCACGAGUUCUUACCUCAGUUUUUGUUUGUUGCUGGAGCUAAGCUUUACAAGCUGUACUAUAUAGAGUAGAACUGUGCCCUGAAUGGACUCUGUUUUGUAAAAGUGGUGGUGGUGUUCACAAGAUCUGUUGGUUUAAGGUUUACACAAAUCUGUUCCUGAAUAGCAGAUUUAUUGUGUAAUGGAUACCAACUCCUAGAUCAUCUGUUUCCUCAGGACUUGCUCAAUACAAAGGCUAAAUUCAAUUGGAAGCUACCCAGAGUUUUGGGGGGUGGUUUGGGGUGGGGGGGUGGAGUGGCAGGGAAUAUACACACUUACAAAUUGGUCACUCUCUCUUAUGACCCAAUAGUACCACAGUGUCUUUUUAAAAAUAAAAAUUUUGUUGUCCCA